AUUUUUUCGCUUCGUUGCAAUGGGAAUGUAGUCAUCACACACAUUAUAAUUGUCUUCCCGAUCAUGACGUGUUAAAUGUUACUUCAGAAAAAAUAUCCCAGUUUAAAAUUUGCGAAUUAAAUAAAGUUAUAAAAAUUGAACAAGAUAAAAGAAGCAAUAAUAAUUGGGGAAGAAAUAAAAUUUUCAAGGUCAAGAAGAAGAAAGGCUUUGCUAUUCAUGCAUUUGAAGGCAAGGAGAAGGAUGAAUUGGCAUUCGCUAAGGGUGACGUUAUAUCGAUACUAAACUCAAAAGAUGACCAUUGUUGGUUGGGAGAAAUGAACGGUGUUAGAGGCUGGUUUCCUUCUGCUUACAUAAAAUUAAUCAAAGAAUCCUUCAAAAUAAGUUGCGCAGCUGGUGACGAUUCAAUACAUGAAAUGGUAGCUCAUCUCAUUAGAGGACCUUUAUGUUCCAGCGUGCAAGAUAUAUUUAAACACGGUUUAAUCUCCAAAUCAAAUUUUUCAUUCCUCUCAGCAAAUCCAAAAAAUACUUGGGAAGUAAUACAACGGGUAAUACAAGAGAUAUCCAGAGAUAGUAAAAAUAAUGAAUUUUCAAAUCCAAAGCUUAAUCUAUGCAACGCCUACAACUUAGACGAUAAUAAUAAGGCAUUACUAACACCGAUUCAGCUAUUGGAACAGUCUUUAGAAAAUAUUGAGGCUACCCACUACAAAUUCAAAUCUCCACCAGAGAUAAAAUUUCGAAGUUUGAUAUGUGCCGGAUUAAACCACAAAGUAUUGCAUCAUUGGUUUGAAGAAAUUACCAAAUAUCAAAAAGUUUUAGAAAAAUGGUAUGAUCCUUAUUCCUUUCUAGUGACACCCGUUAGAUUCCAUAUUAUAAACGAAUUCAAGCUAAAUCUAGAAUGGGAAUUGCCUUUGAAUUCUCCUAGAAACUGCCUUUCUCAAAUCUUUACAAAUAGAGCCCCCUCACAAAUAACGGAUAAAUUCAUUGUUAAAGAUACGAAUUCUUAUCAGGAUAAUAUAUCGCGAAUUCAAUUAUCUCUCAAGCAUAAUUUAUUUAGUUAUGAUUUGUAAAUUUUUAUGCU